AUGAUCCUGAGUAUUUUCUUCUUUUUCCAAACAGUAAUUGGAGUUACAGGAAAUUUCUUUCUUAUUAGUCUCUUCAUCAUCAUGUUUCUCAGUAGACAUAGGCUUAGACCCAUAGACACAAUUCUCACACAGCUUGCCUUGACCAAUUGUUUGGCACUUCUCUCAAAGGGUGUUCCUAAGACAAUGGUAGCCUUGGGAAUGAAGAAUUUCCUUGAUAACACUGGUUGUAAAAUUACUCUGUACCUUCAAAGAGUUGCUCGAUGUCUUUCUGUCACCUUGACCUGCCUCUUGAGUGGCUUUCAGGCCAUCACCAUCAGCCCUAGCAACUCAAGGUCAGCAGGUCUUAAAGCCAGAACCCCAAAGUACAUCAUUCCUACCAGUCUCCUAUGUUGGACUUUCCAGCUGCUUCAAAAUGUCUUUAUUCCUAUAGGAAUUAUUGAUCCAAAGCACACAAGGAACGUCACUGAGAGACAGAAUUAUGGAUAUUGUUCUCAUUUAGUUCCUUCUGGAUUUCGUGCUUUCCUGUAUGCUUUCAUUCUCUCAUUUCCUGAUGCUGUAUUUCUGGGAUUCAUGGUCUUUGCCAGUGGCUACAUGGUGUUUCUGCUGUACAGGCACCACAAGCACAUUGAGAAAAUUCACAUUGCCUGCAUCUCUGCCCGAGUCUCCCUUGAGACCAGGGCCACCAAAACUAUCCUACUGCUGGUGACCAUUUUUGUCUCCUCUUAUUCCCUUGAUUGUAUCUUGGCAGCUUAUAUGUCUUUUAUGAAGUCCUCACCCAGGCUGGUACACACUUCUGUAUUCAUGACUUCUUUUUUCCCAUCUAUUAGCCCUUAUGUGUUGAUUAGCAGUGACUCACAAGUUCCCAAGUACUGCUAUACUCUUCUUGGGAGGAAAUGCUCCAAUUUUAACAGUAACAGCAAGUAA